AUGGGAAAAGUCCUUGUCAAUGGAAAUUUCAGAGAAGCGAAGUCUUUUGGGACAGCAUCAUAUAUGCUGCUAUUCAGUUCAUAUCCAUUUCUGACCAAAGGGCAGAUCAUACCAGAAAGAAGGUUUGUAGAAGCAAUAAAUCGUCAAGCAUAUCAGUAUGAAAUGGGUGACUUUCCAGCAGAAUGGGAAGCAUGGAUAAGAAAAAAAAGAAAGGAUCCACCCACUAUUGAGGAAAUUCUUAAGAAUGAAAAUUAUAGAGAAGAAAUGAAACAGAAAAUCAAAGAUGUAGCCGAAAAGGACAAACUGCUUCAGGCCAAGGAAUACGAGGAGGGACUUGUUGCUGAACCAGUUCAUACUCAGGUCAAAGGCCACGCGUCAGCCCCUUACUAUGGAAAGAAAGAGCCUUCGCAAGAUCCAACAAGCACUGCGAGUACCUUUCAGCCAGGUUCCUGGAUGCCACCAGGCAGUGGCAGUAGUCACAAGAAAUAA